AUGUCAGGUGAAUUGCAAGAAGGGAUUACAGUGGACACGAGUGAUGUCAGUGUGUCGCGUACUGGUGAUGAAACUACUUCAGUGGGUACCAUACUUUGCGAUCCUAGUACGCUGAAUCGACUCGGUAAACCAUAUGCUAAUCUUAUGAGGGAUGCAAGGGGCACUGCUAUUCCUGUUGUUUUGGUUGACACCAGUGGGAGAUGUACCAAGAAUGAAAGUGAAGAGAAGAUAAUUCCAAAUGAGAUUGCUUGGAUUCCCAAUUUAGUUGAAACAAUCACGCAUGUUGUAUCUAAUGGGAGCAAGGUCAUUUUGGUCGACAAGAAGUUGAUUGAAGGGACGAACCCAGAUGCGAGAGGGAAGAUCUUGAUUCCUUUUAUUUUAGCAUUCCAAUAUUUCUUUGUGAUAAAGCAGAUACAACGAGCGAUCAAAGACGAUAUUGCAAGUGAGAGUAAACCAUCCUGGGAGCUGCGGGAUAUGGGUUCGGCUAGCCGCAAGUUCUGAUUUGGCAAUGAAUCUUCAUCGUUGUGAAAUAGUCUGAAUGUUCAUUGUGGUUUUGGUUUGCUGAUCACACCUGUUUAUUUUCUGGUCUUUUUGUUUGAGGUAGGACAUUGAUGUUGUAGUCUGCAGUAGCUAUAACCUGCGGCAGAUGGAUUUCCCCGUGUUUUGAGAGGACUGAUUUUGCUGUAAUAGUUCUUGUUAUGUGCUUCCAUUUUUGCUACCGACAUCUCAACUUCACUUCCUCAUUUGUGUCUCA